AUGAAACGUGGAAGGCGUGAGAAGGAGUACAUGGGCCCAGCAGCGGCUGCGCUGCGCCGCCGUCCUGUUUUCCGUGAUGCUCGUGCAUCGUCAACGCAGCUAACCGCCGCGCAGCUCAUUGCCGACGCGCAGGAGAUGCAGCGCAUGGCGGACCCCGGCAACGACAGCACGCGUGUUGUGAUCAACAGUCCAGAGGAGCUCGCCCUCUACCGACAGAAGACGCGCACAGACUUGGAGGAGCGCGUCAAGCGUGGCUACAGUUUGCUUGGCAAUUGGGUGAAGUAUGCGCGCUGGGAGGCACAGCAGAAAGACUUUGAACGCAUGCGCAGUGUGCUGGAGCGUGCUGUGAAGUUCCACGGUACUAACCCUGUCCUGUGGCGCGACUACGCCGAGCUGGAAGAGGAGUACGGGUUCGUCAACCAUGCGAGGGGCGUCUGGGAUCGGGGAGUCACCGCACUGCCGGCCGCCGUAGACCUCUGGCUGAAGUAUCUCGUGCUGGAGCAGGCUGUGGGGCAGGAAAGCCGAGUACGUGACGUGUUCAACCGCUGGCUGUCAGGGCCAACCCCGCCCAAUUGUGCAUGGGAACUCUUUGCACUCUUUGAGGCCCAACAGCAGCGUGCAGACGCCUGCAGAGACGUUAUGCGGCGCUAUGUGGAAGCGCAUGGUACAGUGGAGGCUUGGCUGUUCUACGGUGCUACUGAGUUAAAUGUGCUGAGCAACACAGAGCGUGCGGUAAAGGUGUAUGCGACUGCGAUAGAUUCCCUGCCGGAGGAGUACACCAACGGUGAGAAGGACUGUCGUGUCCCCCUGGCAUGUGCGGAGGCUCUUGCCGCGGCGAAGAAGUUUGAUGAGGCGCGCGAUGUGUACCACCGACUGUUGCGCGACUGUACGUAUGUUGCUGCGCUUGACAAUAUCUUUGCUGCCUACAGUCUGUUUGAGCGGCUUCACGGGGAUGCCGCAAACUACGAGGUGGUGGCUGUUGCUGUGGCCAAGGCGAUGUACCAGCAGCGCAUUGCCCGCGACCCCUGUGACUUUGACGCAUAUGUCUCGCAGUAUCUUCUUCUGUGUAGUGCAGCACGACAGUGUAGUAAUAGCGCGGAACGGAAUGCCCUAGAAGAUGAGUCAGUGAAAUGUCUCACGGCUGCAGCAAACACACAUGUUGAUGGUUGUAAGGAUGCAGCAGCGGCACAACGACGAGCGGUUGUGGUGAUGGAGUAUGCACGUCUUGUAGAAGACCGCGAUCUCGCCGCCGCACGUGCAGCGUUGGCGAGUUGCAUUCGCGAUUUUCCCUUUUCCCUGGCGACGUGCCCUCGACUGUGGGUGGAGGCAUCCGCGCUUGAACAGCGCCACGGCGCGUACCAGCAGGCACGCAAGCUGCUCAGCGCCGCAGUGAAUGUCUCUCCAUGCUCCAACGUAUUUGAUGCGGCGCUGCAGCUUGAAGAGAAGGCCCAUGAGGCAGGCGAGAUCUCCCGCGAGGAUCGCGUGCAGCGAUGCCGCGAUAUUCUUCAAAACGCCAUAAAAAAGUUUCCGCUUGACUUCUCCCUAUGGGAAAAGUAUGCAAAGAUGGAGGAGAAGGAGGGGCAGUUUUGCCGCGCAGAUGCGCUGCGUGUUGCAUGCAUUCGCUCCUUCACCACCUCGUCACGGGCUGCCCUCUCGAUGGCGGAGCGCUACAAGCUGCUGGAGAAAGUUGACGAGGCAUGGGCUCGUCGUCUUGCCCUUAAGCGACGACUCCUCCGUGCGGUUCAAAAGAACCUGCGUAAAGCUGGCAACCCUGUUGACGAGACGGAGACAGAGACGGAGGCGGCUGCACUCCGGCAAAUGUAUCGUGAGCUUCUGGACUCAGUAUGGGACGAGUACAAGUACGAGGCACUCCGAUGGAAGGAAAAGGCGGCAUCGAACAGCGGCGUCCUUGCGUCACCACCAGAGCGGAUGCCAGAGGUGCUUGCACCAGCCAUUGCACGUUGGGGCGAAGCGGUGAGUGCUGUCACCUCAUUUGUGCUUGUGCCCACCCAACGCACAGGUGAGUAUGAGCCAUCCUCUGUGGAUUGGGUGCGCACCGUCUUGCGCGAGAUGUUGGAGCGGGAGCGGCCUGAGUUGUUACGUGAGAUGGGUGGUUUCGACGAUGCGGCGAGCUUUGACGCCGUGCAGCAGAUGAAACGGUGGGGAGAGUUUCUGUUGACACCUAUUGUUACAGAAUGGCGGCGGUUCGAGGCGACGUACGCCACACCCGAGACGCUGGAGGCGGUGACAGCAUUCACGCAGCCGACUAGGCGCCGCACACGUCUGUUCGCGAAGAAGAACCUUAAAUGA